CUGGGCCACGUGUCACGUUUUCCUUUUUUCUCUUUUACUAAAACUUUUUUCUUUUUCCUCUGAAGUUCCCGCUCUAUUUUCAGUCCAAUUCCUUUUGUUGUUUUAAAACCAUUUCAAAAACUUGACAUUAAAAAGAACUCUGCAAAAGUCAUAUCAAUUGGAAAGAGAAAUGUUAAAAAAUAAUAUUUGUUUCCUUUUCCAACACUCAUUUGCAGAACAAAAACGCACCUUCUCUCCUCUGUUUUUAAAAUUUCAGAUUCAACUCAAAAUCAUCUUCUUCUCUCCACCUUUAAUUUUUUAGUCUCUUCUCUUCCUAAAGCAGUGUUUCUUCUUCUCCUCAAACCAUUUGCUCAGUUUUUAUUUUAUUUUAUUUUUUUCCCUUCUCUUCCUGAGCUCUAUUGGUUAAACUUAACCGAGUGUUUCAUCUUCCCCCAAAACCAUCAUCAAAUGCUUUCACACAUCAAAUUAGUUUGAAAAUAUGCUUCUCUCUUCCUUCUCCCUAAACUCUGUCAUGCUGAAUCUUCUCUGUCGCACGAUCUCUUUUUUCUUCCCCUUUCCGGUUACUAUAUUGUUACUGAUGUUUACUCUGCUUAUUUUGCUUAAUGUCGUUUUCCUUUACUUGCAGGAGGGACAAUUUCUUAGAGGUAUUUUUAUUUCUAAAUUUCAACUUGUCUUAGGUAAUGCACAGUAUCAAUUGAACUCUUUUUGUCAGAUGUUGGAUUGGUAUGACUCAUUGCAGGCAGAGAACUGUUCAAAAAAUAUGGAAGACUGUGAUAUAUGGCAAGUCCUUGCAGGUAUUGAUCUUGCUGGUCAGAUUGCUUUGGUUCUAAUAGCUGUGUUUUUUUUUAGCAGGUCUUAAUUUUAAUGGUCAAAGUUUUUCUGACACCUUUCAGAAGCUUUCAUUGCUAUUUAUAUUAAUACUUAAAUUGGUUUGAUUUUGUUGGUGCAUUGUUAUUUGCUCCCUCUACGAAUAUUUGCAUCCUUUUAGUGUGCAAAUGGUGAACCCCUUGAUUUAGAUGUGUUCUUAGGACAAACUCAUCUUGAAGUCAAAAGUCAGUCUACCACAAGUGACUAUGACUUGGGUGUCUUUAACUGAAUGUUGUAUUUUCUUUUCAUUUCAGUUUUUAGUGUCAAAAUUUGGCAGCACAGAUUUAUUCCAAAAAAAGAAGUGAUGAAAAACCUAAUGUUCCUUCAUGUAUCUAAUUCAUUGCUUGAAAACCUCUGGCUACCUGCUUCUUGCUAGAUCAUCCUCACGCACUAUAGUAGAGCCAUGGGAAGUACCAUCUGAAUGCUUGCUUUUUGAAAGAGUCAUGGGAAGUACCAUCUGGCUUGCUUCUGAAAUCUGGAAUGCCAUGUUGGUUGGGCCGGCUUCACUGCUUCAUUUUUUUUAUCUUCUCCAUAGACUACAUGGAAAGAAGGAGAGCAUGUGGAACAAGAUUGUUAGGCAUGAUGAUGAAGAUAAUGGUCUGUUAUGGUAGAGCCAUUAAUAGGAGUAGAUGGUUCUUCAAGUACAACAUUGAUUUAUGGAAAAUAUUGGCUCACUCCAAAGAAUGCUUUCUAUUUGGUCAUUAUUAGUAUAUACUUAUAAUUGGAUUUCUCAUGUUUGUUCUUAGUUGUCGCUAUAAUUUAUAUUAAUCUUACAAUUUCAUUUUUUA